ACACAGCUUACUACUUUCAAGGAUAAGUUCAGAAAACGAAGCUUAUACAUAAAUCUGGGCCAUGGGGUUAAAUGGUUCAGUAUCAAAAAAAGUGUUACUAAUUUAUUUUAUUUUCCUGAUAGGGUUCUAAGUUUGGGACUUGAUGAUUGACUGUCUCUGCCAGAGUUCAUCCUUUUAUACUGCCUGAUGUCAUUCCCUCCAACCACAACUCUUGCUAAGGGUAGAAACAAAUGCUUAGAACAAAAUUAAAAUAUAAAAUUCAUUAUGUUAUGCCAAAGUUUAUUGUAUUAGUCCAGCAAAGUCACCUGGAUCCAGAAAGUGCAUCGUAUCAGGUUGACACCCAGUAGUGCAUGCAUUAUUUAUCUGUUUACUACUAUUUACAAUAACUAAGCUCUUAGGAAAUGUUGUUUUAGGACCAAAUAUUUCUGUGUGAAUUGGGGUUGCUCAAAUGAAAAAUGCUUUUGUCCAUUUUUUUUUUUCUCGGCAACACCCACUGAUCCCAGGAGGAAUCACUCCUGGAGGACCAUAUGCUGUGCCGGAGACCAAACGGGUUGACUGCGGAGCUUAACCCCUGUCUAUUUCCCCAGUCCCUGGACAUUCUUUGGUUUGUCUCAGGAUUCUGGUUCCUGAACACAGGAAUUCUCUCAGAGUGGGUGGAAAAAGUUUUGGCUAUUUAAUAAUUUUGUGAUAUCGGGCACAUUCCUUAUUAUGUUUCUCCUGUUGUAAAUCGGGAGACAGAGCUAUUUUGAAGAUGCUGAAAGCCUCCAAUGAGUUUGAAAACGCCUAAAAGCAAAAGCAUAACCCAAAUACUAAAAUAUUUCUUUGAAAGACUGAGAGGAAGAGGAUGCAGUGUGAAUGGUUUCGUUUUUUCUUUUUUUUAAAAUUCUCCUUCCUUACAUUUACAGCUAUUUUGAACUUGUUGAAAGUUCAUGUGAAAUUUUGCUUACAUGUGUGAGGCGGUUUUAUUUAUUUAUUUAUUUAUUUGGGGGGAGGGGGAAGCACACCCGGUGCUCAGGAACCACUCCCAGCGGGGUUUGGGGAACCAUAUGGAGUACAGGGGAUGGGACCCGGGUCGGCCACGUGUAAGUCAGUCGCUUUACUACCGCUCUGGAUCCCCAGAUGCGUUUUUUCUUAGAAAUAAAGUUCAACGGAUUACCGGGCGGGAGAAGGGGGGGGCAGGCGACUUUGCUGUAAAAGACUCGCAGACUCUCCUGCCUCCCGCAGUGCCAGAGAAAGUCUUUUUGCGGAAAACUAGAUUUUUGUGUGUGGCUAACUUCUAUCUCUGGGACCUCUAUUUUUGCAGUCUAAUAAAGGUAAAUAAUUAGGCCAUGCCCCUGGGGAGGGGGUUUCUUGAGGCACGACCCUCCCCCGCCCCAAGUUUUCCUGCGGUGUCCGUGGCCCGUCUGGGGGCGCUCCCAGAGCCGGUCGGGUGCCAUUUGCAGCUGGGAAGCAGGUUCAUUUUAAGGUCGCUCAGGCUUCGAGGGUCGCCUCCUCGCUGGGAAACCGUUUUUCGGUGGCUUUUCUCAAGCCGAGCCUCCGCUCUCCAGGAUAGCGAAAACCUCGUGGUCCGGCUCCCCCCACCCCCCUCUUCCUAGGCCCCAAUCGCGAGACGCGGUGGGGGCGGGGAGGCCGCACGCGCCGCUUCCGCUCCUCCAGCCCGCCAGGAGGCGCUGCGGCCCCGCCUCUCCCUUCCCGGGGUGCACCGCGCCGGGCGCCUUCCGCGUGGGUGAGUGAAUGUGAGAGUCAGCGUCGCGCCGCGCGCGCCGUCCGCCUCCGCCGCUCGGCGCCCUUAUUUUGGCUGCGAGGGGCGGGCGCGCGCGCACAGGCAUAGAGACGAGCGUUGAGCCGAGGGGCUAGAGCGUCGCCGAGUCGGAGCCGGAGCCCGAGCCGCGCGCUUGAGUCUCCGCUGCGUCCGCCGAGGCCCCCGAGUGUCAGGGACAAAAGCCGCCGCCGCGCCGCCUGCUCCCGCCGCCGGGGCUCAUCUGCCGCCGCCGCCCCGCCGAGCAGAGUCCGCCGCCGUCGCCCCUCGUGAGGAUCCGAGAGCCAUGUCGGCCAGCAGCCUCCUGGAGCAGAGACCCAAAGGUCAAGGAAACAAAGUACAAAAUGGAUCUGUACACCAGAAGGAUGGAUUGAAUGAUGAUGAUUUUGAACCGUACUUGAGCCCACAGGCGAGGCCCAAUAAUGCAUAUACUGCCAUGUCCGACUCCUACUUACCCAAUUACUACAGUCCCUCCAUUGGCUUCUCCUAUUCUUUGGGUGAAGCUGCUUGGUCUACUGGGGGUGACACAGCCAUGCCCUAUUUAACUUCUUAUGGACAGCUGAGCAACGGUGAGCCUCACUUCCUACCAGAUGCAAUGUUUGGACAACCAGGAGCCCUAGGUAGCACUCCAUUUCUUGGGCAGCAUGGUUUUAAUUUCUUUCCCAGUGGGAUUGACUUUUCAGCUUGGGGAAAUAACAGUUCUCAGGGACAGUCUACUCAGAGCUCUGGAUACAGUAGUAAUUAUGCUUAUGCACCUAGCUCCUUAGGUGGAGCCAUGAUUGAUGGACAGUCAGCUUUUGCCAGUGAGACCCUCAAUAAGGCUCCUGGUAUGAAUACCAUAGACCAAGGGAUGGCUGCAUUGAAGUUGGGUAGCACUGAAGUUGCAAGCAAUGUUCCAAAAGUUGUAGGUUCAGCUGUUGGUAGUGGGUCCAUUACUAGUAACAUCGUGACUUCCAAUAAUUUGCCUCCAGCAACCAUUGCUCCUCCAAAACCAGCAUCUUGGGCUGAUAUUGCUAGCAAGCCCGCAAAACAGCAACCUAAGUUGAAGACCAAGAAUGGCAUUGCAGGGUCAAGUCUUCCACCACCCCCAAUAAAACAUAACAUGGAUAUUGGAACUUGGGAUAACAAGGGUCCGGUGGCAAAAAACCCCACACAGGCUUUGGUUCAGAAUAUAAGUCAGCAGUCAACCCAAGGGUCUCCCCAGACUGUGGGUCAGCAGGCUAACAAUAGCCCGCCAGUGGCUCAGGCAUCGGUAGGGCAACAAACAGGGCAACAGACACAGCCAUUGCCCCCACCUCCACCACAGCCUGCCCAGCUCUCAGUCCAGCAACAGGCAGCUCAGCCAACCCGCUGGGUAGCACCUCGGAACCGUGGCAGUGGGUUUGGUCAUAAUGGGGUGGAUGGUAAUGGAGUAGGACAGUCUCAGGCCGGAUCUGGAUCUGCUCCUUCAGAACCUCACCCAGUGUUGGAGAAGCUGCGGUCCAUUAAUAACUAUAACCCCAAGGAUUUUGACUGGAAUCUGAAGCAUGGCCGGGUUUUCAUCAUUAAGAGCUACUCUGAGGACGAUAUCCACCGUUCCAUUAAAUACAACAUCUGGUGCAGCACAGAGCAUGGUAACAAGAGACUGGAUGCUGCUUAUCGCUCCAUGAAUGGGAAAGGCCCUGUUUACUUACUUUUCAGUGUCAACGGCAGUGGACACUUUUGUGGCGUUGCAGAAAUGAAAUCUGCUGUGGACUACAACACAUGUGCAGGUGUGUGGUCCCAGGACAAAUGGAAGGGUCGUUUUGAUGUCAGGUGGAUUUUUGUGAAGGACGUUCCCAAUAGCCAACUGCGACACAUCCGCCUAGAGAACAACGAGAAUAAACCAGUGACCAACUCCAGGGACACUCAGGAAGUGCCUCUGGAAAAGGCUAAGCAGGUGUUGAAAAUCAUAGCCAGCUACAAGCACACCACUUCCAUUUUUGAUGACUUCUCACACUAUGAGAAACGCCAAGAGGAAGAAGAAAGUGUUAAAAAGGAACGUCAAGGUCGUGGGAAAUAAAGCAGUUCUUCACAGACUGCAGCAACGGUUGCAUCUGCAUAUCCUAAGAGGAAAAAAAUGACCUUCAAGAGAAUUAGGACUUUUUUCUUAAUUUCAUUGACUUCAGAGACAAUUGCAGAUUUGCAGUUUAAGUAUUGGAAUUUCACAAAGACAUAGGACUUAACUGGAAAAUGAAAAAAAAAGAGAAAAAGAAAAAAAACUAAAAAAAACCCUCUAGGUAGUUUAGAUGAAAAAUGUCCCUUUUAUUUUGGCUUUGGUUGUGAUUUCAGAGCAUAAUGCUUUGGGUUUUUUGUUUUGUUUUUGUUUUUUCUUUUUUUUUUUUUUUGUCUUUUUACUAUGUUUCGGAUUUUAAAGUCCGUAAGUGCAUACAGUUUUCUCUAAUUUUUAAACCCUUUCCUCCCCCCAUUUUGACAUUUGCACUUGGAGAACACUUGAGUUUCAAAGGUUUUGGGCCUCCACCCCAGAAAGUGGCAAUUUGGUUUUUCCCUUCCGAACUGGAAGAACAUUUUUAUGAAGAAUUUUUGUCUUGGAGAAUUUUAACAGUGUUACCCAAGGUGUGUCUUUAAGGGUGGUUCAUUUUCUAUGACCCUUUGUUACUCAAAGUAAAGUACUAGAAGUCCUAAGAAAUGGUUCAGUUCUUGUACAUUAUACUGAUUAAGUCAGGAUUAAUUUGAUUUCAAAGCUAAGAACAGUGGUAAAAACUUGUUUACAGAAAUGCAUUUUGGAAGAGAAAAAUAUUGUAAAAUGUGUAGUGAAUGUUUCUUCAGUUUCUUGUUCAGCCAAUGGGGAAAGGGCAUUGCCUUUCUUUUUACCAUUAAUCACUUCUCAAUAAACGUGAGAUCCUGUUGAGCAUCA